UAAUUUCUGAAAUUAGUGCAGAUGUCGCGAUUAAAAAACCUCUCUCUUCCUCUCCCUCUCUCACUCUCUCUCAUGAGAAACUUCAGAAUAACUUCAGAUAACACUCAACUCGCGGUAUGACUACAAGUUUAUAGGCGCACUUUGGAGUGAUUAUCUAAAGAUAUGUGAUGUACUUUGAACCUGCUGCUGAGGGGGAAUUGAAUUUAAAGCGCUGCAACUAAAAUACUUGUGACACUGCUCUAGUUUUCUAUUUGUAACCAACUAACUCGCCAUCCAAUUUUCGAUCACCUGUCCACAUCAUCAAACCAAGUCUAAUACGCUAACGUAGCGCAUAAAACGCAGAGAGAUGAUUAAUACAGGAAAAUUGGCUGGUCGCACCAUUUUUAUUACUGGAGCUUCAAGGGGUAUUGGAAAGAGCAUAGCUUUGAAAGCUGCAAAGGAUGGUGCAAAUGUCGUUAUUGCUGCAAAAACUGCCGAACCACAUCCAAAGCUGCCGGGUACCAUUUAUACUGCAGCUACUGAAAUCGAAGCAGCUGGUGGUAAAGCUUUACCUUGCAUCGUGGAUGUACGUGAUGAAAAGCAGGUGAUUAACGCAGUAGAGAAUGCUGUCGCCAAGUUCGGUGGUAUAGACAUUCUUGUGAACAAUGCGAGCGCUAUUUCUUUGACAGGUACUCUUGCAACUGAGAUGAAAAGAUAUGAUUUGAUGAAUAAUAUUAAUGCCAGAGGAACUUUUCUUGUAUCAAAAGUUUGUAUCCCAUAUUUGAAGAAAAGCACAAAUCCACACAUAGUUAAUAUAAGUCCGCCAUUGAACAUGAAACCAAUUUGGUUUAAAAAUCAUGUCGCAUACACCAUGGCUAAAUAUGGUAUGUCUAUGUGUGUUCUUGGUAUGGCUGAAGAAUUGAAGCCUGAUGGCAUUGCAGUUAACGCUGUAUGGCCUAGGACAGCUAUAUAUACUGCUGCAAUGGAUAUGCUGUUAAGUUCGGACUCAAGUGAUGUCUCUCGAAAACCUGAAAUUAUGGCCGAUGCUGUUUACACAUUGCUUUGUAAAGAUAGUAAGUCCAUCACUGGCCAAUUUCUGAUUGACGAAAAUAUAUUAAAGAACGAAGGCAUUACUGAUUUGACAAACUAUGCGUGUAAUCCAGCAAACAAGGACAAUUUAAUGUUGGAUUUCUUUUUGGAUGUCGAAGAAAAUAGUCCUAAAGCAAGUAGUGAAGAAACUGGACAAGUGGCAAGUUUAUUUAAAACCAUCAAAGCAAAUUUGAACAGUGAACUUGUUGGCAAAAUUGGUGCCAUAUAUAAAUUCAAUGUGAAAGGAAAAGAAUCUGGUGUAUGGUUCAUUGAUUUGAAAAAUGGAAAUGGUGCUACUGGUAAAGGGGAACCAAGUGAGCCAGCAGAUGCAACUCUUACAAUGGAUUCAGAAAAUUUCUUUGCUAUGUUUUCAGGUAAAUUGAAACCAGCUUCUGCAUUUAUAACAGGCAAAUUAAGCAUCAAUGGAAAUAUGCAGAAAGCAAUGAAAUUGGAAAAGUUAAUGAACAGUUUAAAAUCGAAACUGUGAAUAUAGAUUAUUAAAACAUUAUGAAGUAUAUUUUUAUAUAUUAUAAUAAAUAUAUCAUUAUACAAUAUUCUUAAAAGGCGACCAUAAAUAUUUUAUGUAUUUUAUGUGCGCAUUGUUAGGCUCACCUUUCUUUUUCUCUUUUGGGGGGGAGGGAAUAAGAAAAGUGCGCAUAAAUAAUAGUAAAUUAUUAUGAUGAGCUAAAAUUGAUUACAUUAAUAUUGCAUCUUUGGUUGAAUUGGUUACAAUUGUUUCUAGGAAACAAAACGUUUAUGUUAAAGAAAUUUUGUAUAAUACAAAAUAAGAAUAAUUUUUUUU